GCUAAUAGGGGCUGAGUGGGAGGAGGAGAGGACUUCAUGCUAAACCCCUGAAAGAAGGCUUGGCUGGGGCCAGAGGACAGCCAGAGACUGCUGCAUGCUAGAGUUUCCUUGGGGCAGCACAUCAGAGGGGAAAGAUGGUGAAAGAAACGGGCUACUACGACCUCUUGGGCGUCAAGCCAGGCGCCACCUUGGACGAGAUCAAGCGAGCGUACCGGCGGCUGGCGCUGAAGUACCAUCCCGACAAGAACCCCAGCGAAGGAGAGCGGUUCAAACAGAUCUCGCAAGCCUACGAGGUGCUGUCCGACACCCAAAAGAGGGCACUGUAUGACCGGGGCGGGGAGCGGGCCAUGAAAGAAGGCUGCAUGGGAGGUCGAGGAGGAUUUGGGUCCCCGAUGGACAUAUUCAACAUGUUCUUCGGAGGAGGGGUGCGGAUGCCUGGCCGGCCGGAGCGGAGAGGAAAGACAGUGGUGCAUCCACUCUCGGUGACCCUGGAAGAUCUGUACCACGGCACCACCCGAAAGCUGUCCCUGCAGAAGAACAUCAUCUGCAGCAAAUGCAAUGGCUGCGGGGUCCGGGAAGGCGUCGACAGCAGGUGCCCCAAGUGCCAUGGCACUGGCGUAGAGUUUCACGUCCACCAGUUGGGGCCCAGCAUGAUCCAGCAGAUCCAGACCAUGUGCUCACAGUGCCAGGGCCAAGGCGAGUGGGUCCGGCCCCUCGAUCGCUGCCUGACCUGCAACGGCAGACGGGUGGUGCGGGAGAAGAAGAUCCUGAAUGUCCACCUGGACAGAGGCAUGCAGGAUGGGCAGAGGAUCACAUUCCAUGAGGAAGGGGACCAGGUGCCCGGCCUAGAGCCUGGGGACGUGGUCAUCGUCCUGGAUCAGAAGGAGCACCCUGUCUUUCAGCGCAUUGGCAACAACCUGGUCCUUCGAAAAGAAAUCAGCCUGGUGGACGCUCUCUGCGGCUUCAGGCAAGUUGUCCAUACUCUGGACAACAGGACCCUGCUUGUCUCCUCACAGCGCGGUGACGUCAUCCGGCCGGGAUCCGUGAAGUGCGUCCCCAAUGAGGGCAUGCCUGUCUACAGAAGCCCCUCCCAGAAGGGCCGGCUCAUCAUACACUUCCAGGUGAGAUUCCCAGAGUCAGGCUGGCUCUCCCCCGACCGUCUCCGCCAGCUCCGCACUUUCUUCCCACCCCAAGAAGAGGUCAUGGCGACGGAGGACAUGAAGGAAGUGGAACUGAGCGACUACUUCUCCCAGCCGGGACAUUGGUGGCAGCCCCACGCCGGCGAGGCCUACCACGAAGACGACUUCGAGGAGGCCUCACGCCCGCACGUCCAGUGCCACACGUCGUAGCCCCCCGGGCGGCCUCCCCCGCCCUGGAGCAGGGUGGGGGGGGUAGGCGAGGGGGGCGGUUCGGAAGGUCGUGCAGUUCAGGGAUGUAAAUAGUAAAUGCUGCCAGCGGUCCAGUUCGGCAGAACUAGUGUAGCUCCGGCCUAGCUCGGUCGGUCCCCCGGGGGGGGCGCCACUGAGCUCCUGCGGCGGGAGGAGGCUCAGCAUGGGAGUUCCUUGCAUCCCACGUCCUGCCAGCACGUACUCGAGGGCUUAGGAUCCAGCUCACAAUAGUUGCUGCCUCUGAGGAGCAUAGUGGUGUAAAAGGGUCCCGGGGCACAAGGCAUCAGGAUCAAUGUCUACAGGGAUCAUUCACAGCUGUCGCUCUCGGGGCCUGAAUCUCAUUCACACCGAAGCCUCUUUAGGCCACAAUAAGGAGGCCAUAAAGUGGGAGUAACUGUACCCCGGGCCCACGGGCGGGCCCUUUUUGUGCUGCCGGAGUGGCAUCAAAGAACCUUAGUGUCCUCGAGAAUCAGGUCCUUGGGUUUAAACCCCUUCCAAAUUCUCCACUCAGCCCCAUGGGAAACUGACUGGCUCUAGUCAACGUGCCAUUUUUGCACUAAAGCUUCGUGCAGUUUCGCGACCUGCCCCGGGAGUUUUGUUCCUUCCUCUGCUUUGGGUGGACUGUCCGGCUUCCCCGCCUGAGCUGCGAAGACGCGCGCGCUCGCUCUAGAGAUCUUCUGUUGCACAUUUAAGCGAAAGGGGCUGUUUUCCCGGGGAGGGAAUAACAGGGACUUAUUAAACAAAGCCACUUUUCCUCCGCUAGGACAACGCCAGCAGCUUCGCAAAGACACGUCUGUCCACUUGGGUUUUCCAUUGCCUCGCGUUCCCUUAGCGAGUAACCGAAUGUGGAAAGAAUUCUGAGGAGUCCGUGGCACUUAGCUACGAAUAAUCCUGAACCUGGAAUCAGAUCUGCCCGGUAGGAGGUUUAGGGGCCAAGAUCUAGUAUGAGGAGCCUGGCUCUGCUUCGCAGAUCUCUACUGCCGAUCCUGUCGGUAGCACUGAAAUCCCAGGGCUUGAUUCCCAGUUGCCCUGCCCUGUUGUUGUUUACACUAGCGCAUAGUUGGUGCAAAAUGCUACUGGAUCAGAACCGGUGUAAACUAGUGCACCAGGCAUAGGGCAAUGAAGAAUCAGUCCUGCCCGCAGGCGUUUGGGGCUUGUAGUGCCAUCUACUGGUAGUCCUGAGCUAUGCGCUAUCCCAGAAUAAAGCAUCGCUCAGCUGUUUCUUU